GAGCUUACUAGGCAAGGCCUUGAUGGAAGUUCGAGGAAGACUUGUCAAAAAGCACGGACACCAACUGGUCGGUUAGAUUGUAACGAAUAGUGAGUGGAUAUAAGUGGUAAUAGGCCUUGUUGGGCGCUGGCUGCAAGAAUCGGUCUUGUAAGAGGCUAAUGGAUGCGCAGGAACGAAUUCAAACCCUUGGCAUGAUGACGACGAAGAGAACGAGGGGACGCGACGAAGAUACUUACGGACGAUCACGUCGUCACUGCAUGUAUUAGACCUCCACACCAGAAUUCGUCGAGGUCUGUCAACUAAGAACCGGUAUACUUCAACAGCAGGAUGAACGCAUUUCUGAGCAAUAAAUUAAUUCACAAAUUCAUCGACCAGUACCAUAACUACAACUUCACUGAGCAGUUCAUGCAAGCCGCAAAAGCCAUGCUUUACAACAAUUUCGAAUCUCACGAUGCGAUCAUAGCAGAGGAAGAUCCGAAUGAGCUUACAAGAUUGGGUGACAAGAUUGAAAUUCAUGGUUCACGCCCGUACACGGCCGCUUGGGAAGAGAGCAAUAAUGAAUGGGCCGCUAUGAGCAAAGGAAUGCGCCUGAAGUUCGAGAAGCUAAAAGAUGCAAAAGCUCUUUAA